AGUAAAAGUACCUGACUACCUCAUCAUUCUUCCCUACCUCUGGAAUAAGUUUCAGCUAAAACACAUCUGAGAAUAAAUUCACCAGAAGUCUCUCAAAUAUGUCAUGUAGAAAAAAGAUGAAGCAUAAAGUGUGUGAAAGAGCCUCAGGAGGAAGAACCAGUUCUGUCAGUUAUUGAUUUGACCACAGAGCAUGAGGAAAAACUGAGACGGAAGGAGGAAUAAAGAUAUCCAUGCACUGAAAGCACAUCAUAGACAAGACACAAGACACAAGAGGAAGACAUAAAGAGAGGGAGCUGCAGGAGCAAGUGACAAAAAGUAACUGACAAAUCAGUGGAUGCAUCAUGACAACAUCCAGUGAUGUUCAGUGUCACUCAAAAUGCUCGAGGCUUUCCUCAGACUCAGGAAUUUAUGUGCCUCUGGAAAUCCCCUUCAGUGAACUGGAAGAGACAGUAGACGACAAAGAAAACCUUAAAAGUCUGGUGAUCACGUUUCACGACAAAGAUAAGGAAUUAGCUGAAAAGGAACCCAUUUACCAAAAUGUAAAUGUAGUUAUCAAUUCAAAUCCAGGUCUUGGAUUAGUAGGCUCCACCACAUUGGUCAAUCCUGAAGUUAGCAGCACAUCCAGGUCGGACGUUCCUCCCCCAGUUCCUCCACAGUACCUGAAGCCAAAGUUUAAAGCCCGUCAUGAAGAGAUUGAACCUUUAAAGACCUGUCAGAAGACACCCCUACUGAAUGGAGCUACAGGAAGUAAUCAGAGUUCUCGUUUUAUCCCUGGAGAAGAGCUCAACACCUCAAAUACAAACCUGACACUGCUUCCUCAUGAAUCACCUGAAAAACAUCAUGAGCCAAAAAUGUCUGACACAGAAGAGAGAAGAACAGAAUGGGAGGCCAAGGAGACAGAAAAGGACAAGAUGACACGUCAACAACAAAGUCUUCUAGAAAAACAUAAAAUGGCAGAAAGCAUUGAGGACAAAAGUGUAACAGAAAGGCAUCAGGAUGUGGAUAAACAUACAGCUGGAAGAGAGACGUUAGUCAUAUUUAAUAAUGAGUUUCAAAGUGAGGACGGGGAUCAGCAGAUGGGGCUGGAGGCUGGGUGGUUAACUCGUCUGCUAAUGUCAGAAAAUGUUGCAGAGUCAACAGACGAAGACUCUGAUUUUUCCUCUGAAGAAGAAGAUGACAUCUCAGAAGGCAACGCUGAACCUGUGUCAGCAAAACCACAACCAAAGCCUCUACCAGCACCGCCUCCAAAUAUACAGAAGAAAUGUCCUCCCAAGCUCCCUGCUAAACCUCCCAGCCACUGUUAUGCAAGGAGGCCUGAUGUGGAGGAAAAAGAGGAGCGUAUGAAGAAGGAGGAGGAUGAACAACAGGGCAAAGAGGAGAGGUGUGAACAUGUGAAGUGCUCCACAUUUCCAGGACAUGGACAGACGACACAACCGAACCACAAAAAACAAAGCAAAGGGAUGAAAACAUUCACCAAAUUCAUUGAUAAACUGAAAGAGAACAGAGAGGAGAAGAAAAGGGUGAAAGCAGGAGAGAUGACGAUGGAUCGAGGAAGAGAGCAGGAUGCUGAAGUCUGGGACAAAGAAAAAUGCAAAGAGGAAAAAAGGUUAAAGGACAAAGAGAACGAGGAGACGGGUGAUAAUGCUGUCGAUCAAACACCUGUAACACCAGCACUGAGACAUGUGGAGCUGAUGUCGACGAUGGACAAAAGGACAAAUGCAUCUUCUGACAGUGUUUUCGGCUCCUUCAAAGUCAAUGUUCCAGUAAUGCUGGUGGAAGAUCUCCUGUCAGGUGAACAGUGGUCUCAGUUCCUGGGCAACAACCAGAAACCUGAUCCACCUCCACUCUGGUCCAACUCUGAAGACACAGCUCAGCUCAUUCCAACCGUCCUUCAUUCUGAAGACCAUCAGGAUGCUGUGGCUGUUUUAGAUGAGCAUAUCUACGAAGAAAUGCCACCGUAUGACCCAUCGAACAUCAUGGCAGGAAGUCAAACACGUGUAGAACAAAAAAGAGUUGUUUCUUCAGUACCAGUGAUUGUACUGGAAACUGAAACAGUCCCACUGAGCCCUCGGACCAGAGACAUGUUAGACUCAGUGGAGUUUCUCCAGCCUCACAUGGACACAAACAUGUUCUCUGAUUUUCAGUCUGAAGAAGUUCUGGACACUUCAGUUCAGAAAUAUCUCAUUAAGCUCAGCGGGAGAAGAAAACGCAGAGCUCCACUGCAUCAUCGAUGGCAUCGCAAUAAGAAAAAUGUAGAUCUCUCAAGCCAGCCACCUUACUCCACUUCACCAGGAAAACGCAUCUCUUCCUCUGUCUUCUACAAUGUCCAAUGUUCAGGAGUAGAGGAGCCGCCGCCUACAGUCGAGUCUGGAAGGGGCAGCCCCAGAACUCUGACUAAGAUUAAGAUGGCUCUGAAGAGCACCACAACCAAAGGAGGACAGAGGAAAGUAGAUGGCACUGUGUGAAGAUUAGCAACAGAAUGUGUCAUGCUAACCAAGCAGAAAAAACCAUAGAACCUAUGUACAAAUGUUUAUACACUGAAAGAAAACCUGAAUAUUGAUAGUCAUCCAUAUACAGGGCCAGAGUGGGACUCAUUUUCAGCCCUGGAGUUUCAUACCUCAGACCGGCCCACUUUAGGUCACAGCCAAUUAAAAUAAAAUCAUGUAUUUAUAAUCUUACUUAAGUCUAAAAUCACGGACUGUUCUCAAAAGCUUUGUAAUUCAUUGUAUUUUUCUAAAAUAUUUCGAAUUCAGUCCGAGGGUUGUUUCACAAUGUACAUGUAUUUCACAUCUCCAACAUUAUUCUUUACAACACAAUAUCUUUUUCAACAAUAUCAGAAACUCUGUUCUGUUCAAAUAAUUGUUUACAGAUAUCCAAACCUCAAAUUAAAUAAAAGAAUAAAUAAAAUAAAAUGGCAAAUUAGUGUUCACAAACAUAUAACCCUUACAAAGAAUAAAAUAAUGAUUGCACUGUUCUCUCUAAGUUUGUCAUUCACAGUAGAAGAUAAGUUUCUGAUGAUGCCAUUCUCUUUUCUUCCUCUGCAUAAGCGUUGUUUCAAAGAGACAUGGCCAACCCUAAAAGAUAAAGAAAUGCCUGAGCAGUAAACUGGUCUGUGUGACUUAUUACAGUAUCAUUGCCCAAAGACAAGAGAAUUUCUUUCUCAGUGCACAUGAGCAUGAAUGCCUCAAGUAUAACGUUAUAUCACAGCACCAUACAGUUCAUUGACUUGAUAAUUAAUUAACUUGAACAAUGGUUUUCAGGCAAAGUUGAUGUUUUCUGUUCAGCUUCUUUUACGUGUUUCAUCAUCCUCCACAGCAGCACCAGAUUCAUUUUAGAGGUGGCAAGGCUAUGGUGGUUGUUGAACUGAAUGACUGUCAGGCGCAUGUAUUGGCAUCUCAUGCGUAGAGUGAAAUUUGAGACAGAGAGAGAGAUCUGAAGAGUUACAUGAACCCAAUAAAUACAACCUUUUUUUAAGAUGAAUGAGUAUUUUUGAGGGUGGAAAGCAGCAGCAGCAGCACCCUCUGCUGGUGGUAAACAGAAGUACAAAAGCUUACAGCACCAGUAUUCAAGGGUGGUCUCCCAUCCUAUAAUGGACAUUUUACCUUACUCUGAAUAGGUGGAAGUUUGGAACUUGUCUUUGUGUUAUUUGUGAAUUGUCUCUUCUCCAUUACUUUUAUAACAAAGCUGAGCCAAUAGCUAGUAUUUUUUUUUCAUAUAUAUUAUAUAAAAAAAUGUAUACACAGUGG